AUUAACCUUUUAUCUCCCAUUAGUGACCAACACAGAAUUUCUCCUUAUAAUAUCAAUACAAUAUCAUCCAUAUUAGUGAUGAGAAUAAAGAAAAAUAUCAAUUUGGGAAUAGUUCAUUGAUCCAAUACUAGAUUCUGUGAACUAACAUUAUAAGAAUUGUAUGGUUACCAGUAAUGGGAAUUACAAAUUUGAUCUUGGAGUUAAAGAGUAAAAUGACACAUGCUGAUUAGUUAUUUCAAUCUUAAGCCUGUUUCUGAAUAUGUAAUGAGUUUCUGUGCCUAAUUGAUGAUCACUUUUUGUAAGAGAUGGGUAACAAAAUGUUGAGCCAGUAAGAGUCAGUGUCACCCAAAAAAAUACCUUCUUAAGUCUUCAUCUUUACAAAAAAAAGAAAAGCUGUUUGGAAAUUGACUGUCUUUUCAGUUUCACCCUACACAACUCCUUAGUCUUGAUCUGUGAUGCAAAGACAUAGUCCUCCCUUAAAAGAGGAAAAAUUGUUUCAGAUAGUGGACUGUCUUCAUGUACUGAGUGAGUGUUUGAAUUGGUACAAGAGAUGGGUAACUGGAAGCUGACUGGGUAAAGAGUUGGUACACAACCCUUCCUUAGCCAUGAUCUGUGAUGCGAAGACUUAGUCCCCAACAAAGAGGAUAUAUUGUUUCUGAUACUGGACUGUCUUUAGGCACUGAUCAGGUGUUUGACUUUGUACAUGAGAUGGGUGACUGAAGGCUGACCUGCUAAGGAGUCGGUUUCAACAAACACAACUCUUCCUUAGUCUUGAUCUAUGAUGCAAAGACUUGGUCCUCAAAAAAGAGGAAAAACUGUUUGAGACACUGGACUGUCUUUAUGCACUGAUCGGAUGUUUAACUUUGCACCAGAGAUGGGUGACUAAUAAGUGACCUACUAAGGUGUCGGUUACACUCAACAAACCUCUGAAAAUAUUUGAUUAGACUUAAUUUCUGCUUUAUACAUGAAAGCUUAUUUAUUAACUAAAGGAGUUAUGUUUGUUGAUUUUUGUAUCUUUCAAUCCUGAUACAGGACAAAACCAAGAGCAGAGACAAGUUUUACUGUCUUAGAUUCCAGUUGAUUAUUGGACCAUGAUUGUCUCAAUGAGGUGUUCAAGGUAAGUGUUUCGUUAUCGUUAGGAUGCUGCACGUAUUCAAUUUAAACUACAACAUAGAAGCAUCAUUUUACAUAUGUAGCUGGGCUGGGCUUUUUACAGCACGUGACUCGCCUAUCAGAAUUUACCAUCUAGUUUGGGUGGAAUGUAAAGACAAUCUCAUUUACAUAGAGCUCUGUCCUUGCGCGACGAGUUCUCUUUACGGCUCAAGCGCAACUCUUCCACAAAAUCUCACGAAUAAAAUCUCACUUAAGCAGAGAAAAACACGUAACCUACAGCCAAUUAUUGUAAUUAGACAUUUAGGGCCUGUUUAAAGGAAUGUGGGGGACCCAAGGUAGGUGAGGUAACCCACCUAGCCGUGGUCGAUAAAAAUCCCAUGUUUACAUACAAUCUUGCAACCCCGGGAUGCUGGGGUGAAGUUUCUCGAGGUUGUUAUCGCCAUUGCGGCAUAACAUGCGAAUGUAGGGUUGAGUUCAAAGUAAAAACGUGACUAAAUCGCCGUCGAGGUUUCAUUGCUAAGAGGACGUAAACAAAGGUAUGUUAGCGUUUUAGCUCGUGACGCGCGUGGGACUGCAAGGAAAUGUAAAAAGUUUUAACACACUUGUGUAUCGCUAUUGUUUGGCUCAUUUGAUCUUUUUGUAACAUGAACGCCACCCCGGCUAGGCGGGUUACCCCACCUUGAGGCGUUUACAUGGCAAAUUAUCACCCCGGCUGACAUGGUUACCCUACUCAGCAGACCAGGCAACCCGGCUAAGCGGGUCACCCCACCUAUCAUGUAAACGUGAUCAAGAUAAAAUAAGAGAUUAUAUGGACUGGCGGGUUACCCCACUUAGGCGGGUAACCUCACCAAACUGGGGUCCCCCACCUCCAUAUAAACAGGCCCUUCAGAGCUUUUUGUUCGCUAAGUGAAAGCCAAGUUUUCAGAAGAAAGAAAGAAUUUGGCUCUUUGGCUUACAAAAGAGUAAAAUCGAAUUUUAAAAAAAUAACUACACAAGAACGAGAAUGUUCAAGCCCUAACUCAUGAAUGCGAACCUUAUAUGAAAAUUGUCAAUUGAACAAAAUCGAAUAAAUACGAGGCGUAGAAGAUUUUUUUACUGAUAGAUGUCACAAUUUUGAAUUUAAUUUUUAAAAAUUAUGACAGCAGAAAUUUCAUUUCGUCUAUUCUUAAACUCAGCAGUUAAUUUUUUAAGAAGCCAGGUUUUCUCGAGCAGAUCCUUUUCGUUUUAAACCUGCAAAAAUCCAUUCGAUUCACUGCUUCACUAAACCGCCAAAUUUAAGAGCUAGUUUGACUCAAAAUCUUCAAGAAAUAUUCUGCUAGUCGCUCUCUAAAUACCAAACUUUUGCAACGCGUCCCAGCAAUGAAAACAUCCGAAACCGGCUUUCGUUCUCAUGAAAUUCUACGUCCUCCAAGAAAGCAAGCGGCCUUAAGCUGUUUUAAAGGAAACUUUUGCCUGAACCUCUGGUUCCUUAUUAAAGCGAAAUGCAUCCGCGUUUUGAGUGAUCGCGUAAUAAACCCUAGCUUGCUGAAAGAAUUUAGACGCUUCCAGGUUGCAUGCUUCUGAUAUAGGCCUGUUGGUAUAGGAUCAGGUAAUACUCAACAGCUUUCAAUAUAGGAUUAAAAGUUAAUGAAUCUUUUGUGACUCACUUAAGUUCAAAGUCUCCUUAGCUGUCUCUUCAGGUAGAUUGGUAUAACUCAGAUUGUCAAUUUGUUUGGAGGCGAAUAAUUUUCGUUUUAGGCCGGCUUUGUUAUGGCGCCCUUUGGUAUGACGAUUUUUGUUCCCCUUCACAUGGUGGCCACAGGUCGGGGAAAUUUCAAGGAAAAAAAUGUUUUUAAAUGUCAGGGAAUUUCACGUUGACUCAGGGAAAAUUAAGGCUUUAAAAGGAGUCAAGGAAAAGUGAAAUCUGUAAUAAAUAUGAUCUCAUUCCUCUUGUUUUGGCCUCUUCGUUUCCCCUUCAAAUGCAAGCCCAAGUAGGUUUUAGAAUAAAAUCAUACAUUUUCUUCUCUCGUUUAUUUUCAUGGUUUUCGAACUUUUUCAAUUCUUUGGUAAAUUUCACGGACAUGAAACUUGUUUGAUAGGGAGAAUAUUUUAUUAACGAAAUGAACAGCAGGCUGUUGGGUUUCCAAGAGAAUCAAUCCUUUUCCCUCGCUAUGUUAAGGAAUUCUGGACCCAUGUAGUCUACAUGUGACUUGCUGAAAGCCUGAUGCAUGGUUGGGGAGGAUGUGUGAAGGAAGGUCGGAGGCCAUUAUCCGGACUGAUUUGUCACACUUUUGAUUCAGUUUAUCAGGGGAAUUGUACAUUUUUCUGGGAAAAGUCAGGGAAACUCGGCAAAUUUCAAAACCUGUGGCUGUGGCAACCAUGGUUAACGUUAGCAUCUUGCCUGAACGACAGACUAGUUUUGCCUGAAUUAUGCUAUUAUUUUUAGACAAACUAUUUUCAAAAACUCUUCAGGGCUGGUCUAAUUAAUGUUUAUAGUAACAUAGCUUAUUAUUUCGUGGUUUCAUUUACUUCCAUUUUCCCUCCUUUUUGAUGACAUAACCUGGGAGCUGACACAACAUUAGAGGCUGGUGGUACUCAAAAACUUUUCAGGGCUGGUCUAAUUAAUCUAAUUAGUUUUGUCUCCUGAAAACGGCAGGUAGUUAUUUGGUCUUUCGAUCGACUAAAUUCGAAAUGCACCAAAGCAAACUUUUUAUGUCAAUUCUUCAGCUUUGAUCUGAAAAUAGUUUUAAUUUUCAACUCGAAAAUUUGUCGAUCAGUUGUAUCUUAAAUAAUUUGGAUUAUUAGAAACAAUAAUUGAAACGAAUUAACUGUCAGAACUACUAAAAUGUUUCCUUAUUUUCAAUUUCAGUGAUGAGAUUAAGAUGAAUGGAUAAGUUUAAUGUUAACCGGUGGUCCUAAAUUUUCAUCUUCAAUUGUUUGUGGCUUUAAGGGUUAAAAAUAUAUUUAACCAGAACUAGUGGUCUUGAGUUAUAAUCGUUUAAUUUUCCUGGUCUCUUCGAUGCUGGAAAAAUAGUAUUAGGUAAAAAUGUUACUUUAAAUAAUUGUUGUGGCGUAGUUGAACGAAAGCUUGUGUAAUUCUGUUAUGAUGGUCCAGAAAUUGUCUGUGAACAGUACAUUUUUUAACACUGCCAAAAUGUUACUUUAAAUAAUUGUUGUGGCGUAGUUGAACGAAAGCUUGUGUAAUUCUGUUAUGAUGAUCCAUAAAUUGUCUGUGAACAGUACAUUUUUAAUACUGCCAAUUUGUAUGUAUACAAUUAUCGCGUACCUCUCCUCUUCCAGUAACCCCAAAGAUUACAAGUGUAAAAAGAAGGUCAAGAAAGACGAGAAUACUUUUUAUUCCGGUGAGUGUAGCUUUGUAGUUCACUUGAACGAAAACUUGUGUAAUGGAAGUUUUUCAUGAUCUUUUGAGAGGAAAAAUUUGUGUCGUCCUUGUUAUGAAGGACAGAGGCUUGUGGAGGUUUGUCUUAGUCUUGUGGCCGGAAAAGUUCGUUUGUCGGUAACGUUUUUAUGGCUCAAAUUCUUGGUUUUGAUUUCAUUUCCCUGUUUUGUAGGUUUCUUCGACCACCCACAGCUGGAUACCAGGGAACACGAUCACCUUAAACAUGAAACUAGAGACAAAAGACAAGAGACAAAUAUCAAUCUUGGAAAGAAAGCAAAAUUGGAUCGACCCCCAAUUCAGAGAA